AUGAGCGCGUGCGUGGUACGAAUAACUAUUGGCUACAGAUGGCCGUCGGUUCUUGAGGUCGGUUUGUAAUUUUAUUUUUCUGUAUAUGAUUCCUAAAUCCUAAGCACCAUACAUAAUAAAGAAAAAGUACAAAUAAUAAAUCACAGAAUAGAUAAAAAUAUGAUUAUAUUAUAAAUAAUGCCAAAACGCUGUGCGCUUUGUAAAAAAAAAAAACAGAAGGAAUACCAACUUUUAGUGUUACACAUAAAAGAAAACUGGACUGGGAAUAUGUUGUACCAAAUAAGUUAUUAGUUGGGGAUCGCAUCUGUCAAGUACAUUUCCCAAAAGCAUUUUUAGUAAAAGAAAAUACUUUCUGUCCCGGAGAAACAAAACGGCAUAUACCACAGGUAAGUAAUCUAAUUUAAAAAUUUUAAUAUUUUAAAUUGUUAAAAAGUAAUGAUAUAUCCAAACCAAAAUUAUGUCAAAUUGGUAUUUAUCUUUUAUUAAAUUGUUUUUAAUCUAGGUAAUACUUAAACCUGAUGCUUAUCCUUUAAUUGAAUCUAAUGUUGAAACACAAUCAAAUGAACCCUACAACGCCUUCCCAAUUCCACAAUCAAACAAAUCACUUAGUAUUGCCAGUGAAAUUAACAUCAACUCAAACAAAUAUUCAUCCGAUGAAUAUGAGGAUCUUACUUUGCCGCUUUCACCAAAUUUGCUUCAGAUUAAAUUUAAUCCUAAUGAAAUUGUAGAUAAUCUAAAACAAUUAUUAAUAUUUUCAAUACCUAUUCUUAAUCAAGAAAUUUUAAUUUUGGUUUUUCCUUAGAAACAAUAUGGAAGAAAAAAAACUCGAACUUCAAUAAAUUCAGCACGAAAUAUUUUUGAACAAAUCUAUUUAAACACGGAUGCUGUAAAUUUUCCUACAGAUUGGUGUCGAGUAAUUCCUGGCAACAAUAUAAAUGUUAUAUUUAGUAAAAUUUGA